UGCCAGUGGGGACUGUUGUGUUGUAGAAAUGGCGACGCCUCGUCGCGCCCAUCAUCAGCUGCAGCAGCAGCCCAGCUCCUCGCUGUCCUCGCCGCCCCGCGGCUCCUCCGGGCCGGACUCCCCGCCCGCCUCUCCCCCGGCCCAGGCGGAGGAGGACAAUGCCAGGUCGGUCCCUCACGGAGCAGCGAUGGAGGACGUGGCUGACGGCGAGGCAGCGCCGGCCUCUCCCAGCAGCAGCAGCAGCCCCGCUGCCCCGGCCCUGGCAGCCAGCAGCAGCAGCAGCAGCUCCAGCACCUCCGGCAGCUCCAGCAGCUCCCCCACCACCACCGAGGGGAGCGAGGCCAGCUCUGGCUCCACGCCCGACUCUGGCAGCAGCAACCCGGACAGCGGCGCCAGCAGCGGCGCCUCUGCUAACGGAGCUUUCAGGGAUCUGUUUGAAGCCUGUCGUACCGGGGAUGUUUCCAGAGUGAAGAAACUUGUGGAUGCGGUCAAUGUGAAUGCCAAAGACAUGGCUGGACGGAAAUCAACACCCCUGCACUUCGCUGCAGGUUUCGGGCGGAAAGAUGUGGUGGACCACCUUCUCCAGACAGGAGCCAAUGUGCAUGCUCGAGAUGAUGGAGGUCUGAUCGCGCUUCACAACGCCUGCUCCUUUGGUCAUUCAGAGGUGGUGUCCUUGCUGCUGUGUCAAGGAGCUGACCCUAAUGCUCGCGACAACUGGAACUACACACCGCUGCACGAAUCUGCUAUUAAGGGCAAGAUUGACGUCUGUAUAGUGCUGCUGCAGCAUGGAGCCGACCCCAACAUCCGCAACACAGACGGCAAGUCAGCCGUGGACCUCGCUGAACCCUCUGCCAAGGCUGUGCUCACAGGUGAAUACAAGAAGGAUGAGCUGUUGGAGGCUGCAAGGAGCGGGAACGAGGAGAAGCUCAUGGCCUUGCUUACACCGCUCAACGUCAACUGCCAUGCGAGCGAUGGCCGCAAGUCCACUCCACUUCACCUGGCAGCAGGAUAUAACAGGGUGAGGAUCGUUCAGUUGUUACUACAGCAUGGAGCCGAUGUUCAUGCCAAGGACAAGGGUGGUCUGGUACCGCUACAUAAUGCCUGCUCUUAUGGACACUAUGAAGUCACAGAGCUGCUGCUUAAGCAUGGGGCUUGUGUGAAUGCCAUGGAUCUGUGGCAGUUCACUCCUCUCCACGAAGCUGCGUCCAAACACCGCGUGGAGGUCUGUUCUCUGCUGCUGAGCCACGGGGCCGACCCAACCCUGCUCAACUGCCACAGCAAGAGCUCUGUGGACAUGGCGUACACCCCCGAGCUGAAGGAGAGACUGGCAUAUGAGUUUAAAGGCCACUCGUUGCUUCAAGCAGCUCGAGAGGCCGAUAUGGCCAAAGCCAAGAAGACCCUGGCUCUGGAAAUAAUUAACUUCAAACACCCUCACACACACGAAACUGCGCUGCAUUGUGCAGCAGCGUCGCCUCACCCCAAAAGGAAACAGGUCACAGAACUGCUGUUGAGGAAAGGCGCUAACGUCAACGAAAAGAAUAAGGAUUUCAUGACUCCUCUCCAUGUAGCAGCAGAACGAGCUCACAAUGACAUUAUGGAGGUGCUACAGAAACAUGGAGCAAAGGUGAAUGCCCUCGACACACUGGGUCAAACUGCAUUACAUCGCGCAGCGCUGGCGGGCCACCUCCAGACCUGUAGGAUGUUGCUAGGAUACGGGGCAGACGCCUCGCUGGUGUCACUGCAAGGCUUCACUGCUGCUCAAAUGGGAAAUGAAGCUGUUCAGCAAAUACUCAGCGAAAAUGUCCCAGUGAGAAACUCAGAUGUGGACUACAGAGUUCUUGAAGCUGCCAAAGCUGGAGACCUGGACACUGUCAAGUCGUUGUGUACCGCUCAGAAUGUGAAUUGCAGAGAUCUGGAGGGACGACACUCCACUCCGCUUCACUUUGCUGCUGGCUACAACAGAGUGUCGGUGGUGGAGUACUUGCUGCACCACGGGGCGGACGUUCACGCCAAAGAUAAAGGUGGUUUGGUUCCUCUUCAUAAUGCCUGCUCGUACGGUCACUACGAGGUGGCUGAGCUGUUGGUCCGACACGGAGCCUCAGUCAACGUGGCAGACUUGUGGAAGUUCACACCGCUCCAUGAAGCUGCAGCAAAGGGCAAAUAUGAGAUCUGCAAGCUGCUACUGAAGCAUGGAGCAGACCCAACUAAGAAGAACCGGGAUGGGAACACUCCACUGGAUCUGGUAAAGGAUGGAGACACUGACAUCCAGGACCUGCUGAGAGGAGAUGCCGCGCUGCUGGACGCUGCCAAGAAAGGCUGCUUGGCCAGGGUGCAGAAGUUAUGUAGCCCCGACAACAUUAACUGCAGGGACACGCAGGGACGCAACUCCACUCCGCUGCACCUCGCAGCUGGCUACAACAACCUGGAAGUGGCUGAGUAUCUGUUGGAACACGGAGCUGACGUGAAUGCACAAGAUAAAGGAGGGCUGAUACCUUUACACAAUGCUGCUUCAUAUGGGCAUGUAGACAUAGCCGCCCUGCUGAUCAAGUACAAUACGUGCGUCAACGCCACUGACAAGUGGGCUUUCACGCCACUCCACGAAGCGGCACAGAAAGGGCGGACUCAGCUGUGCGCUCUGCUGCUGGCCCACGGAGCCGACCCCACCAUGAAGAACCAGGAGGGACAGACACCACUGGACUUGGCAACGGCUGAUGACAUCAGAGCAUUGUUGAUUGACGCCAUGCCACCGGACGCCCUGCCAAGCUGUUUGAAACCACAGGCCACAGUGGUGAGCGCGAGUGUGGCAAGUGCAGGUGCAUCAGGGGGAGUGGUUAUCUCGCCUUCUCCAUCGUCAUCCUGCCUAUCGGCAGCCAGCAGCAUAGACAACUUAACCGCGCCCCUCAGUGAAAUCACAGUGGCCGGGGCCGCCGGCGUCGCAGACGGAGCAGCGGCGUCCGACAGGAAGGAGAGUGAAACUCUGCUUGACAUGACCAUCAACCAGUUUCUGAAGAGUCUGGGACUGGAACAUCUCCGAGACAUCUUCCACCGAGAACAGAUUUCACUGGACGUCUUGGCAGACAUGGGUCACGAGGAGUUGAAGGAGAUCGGCAUUAACGCUUACGGUCACAGGCACAAACUCAUCAAGGGCAUCGAGAGGCUGCUCGGAGGCCAGCAGGGUGGGAAUCCGUACCUGACGUUCCACUGCUCCAGCCAGGGCACCGUGCUGAUCGACCUGGCGCCGGAUGACAAGGAGUUCCAGUCUGUGGAGGAGGAGCUGCAGAGUACGAUCCGAGAACACCGCGAUGGAGGCAACGCAGGCGGAGUCUUCAGUCGGUACAACAUCAUUAAGAUUCAGAAGGUGGUGAAUAAGAAGCUACGAGAGAGAUAUGUACACAGACAGAAGGAAAUCGCAGAUGAGAAUCAUAAUCACCACAACGAGCGCAUGCUCUUUCAUGGUUCUCCCUUCAUCAAUGCAAUCAUCCAUAAGGGCUUUGACGAGCGCCACGCCUACAUCGGCGGCAUGUUCGGAGCGGGCAUCUAUUUUGCAGAGAAUUCAUCCAAAAGCAACCAGUACGUAUAUGGGAUUGGUGGAGGAACAGGAUGUCCCACUCAUAAAGACCGCUCCUGCUACGUGUGUCACAGACAGAUGCUUUUCUGUCGAGUGACGUUGGGGAAGUCGUUUCUUCAGUUCAGUGCGAUGAAAAUGGCCCACGCGCCUCCUGGUCACCACUCUGUUAUCGGGCGACCCAGCGUCAACGGACUGGCGUAUGCAGAGUACGUCAUCUACAGAGGGGAGCAGGCUUAUCCAGAAUAUUUGAUCACCUACCAAAUCGUGAAGCCGGAGAGUUUGGCCACGCCUGCUGCCACAGCCGAGCAGAAGUCCUAAAACGCCGUCCCGGCUGGAUCUGACACCGGGCAGAACAUAGUGGACAAGAGCUGCUGUCUGAACAGACUAAAGCUCAAUCAUCAAGUGUUUCAAAGCUCAGAACUGAUCUUGGGGUGCGUUACGUCACUUCUCGGCAGAGGUGAAAUUACCCCUGGAAACAUUCAAUGCGUCUAAACAGAAUAAACAGAAAAAGGAUGGAGAGGAGGUUUUGGGAGGGUUUGGUACUCUUUCAGUCUGAAGCUGUAGAAAGCAAAAAUCCACCCUUAAUUCAUCUAAUUUUGAGGGGAAACAGAUACAAGUCAGAUAAUGUUUCUGGAUUUGUACCAACAAGCUUUUUCCAGCUUGUUUUAAAAGUUAAAACAGGUACAAGAGAGCACAGUUACAAGCCAAACCAAUUGCUCAUGUAUCCUACCCUCCUGAUUUAAAUGGGUUGUUUUGAUGCCAUGUCCUCUUUUGCCUUUAUGCAUCAUCCACAACAACAAAACAUCCCCAGGGCUGCUUUGAAAAGCAGCGAUUGUCAUACUGAGAGAACAGAAAUCUGAAGCAUUUAAUGUUGCAGUUUGACACAUUUUCGCACAGCGAGGCUGAUGUAAACAAGGCACAGAAGAAGAAACCGUGAAAUGAGUGUGAACACAGAUAAGUCAAAGAGAUUACCGGAGACUAAGUAUGCCCAGGAGCUAGACUUGUAGUCAAGACCGCCUGAACCGUGACCAAGACACGACCAAGACCAGAGAGUACCGUGACCAAGACACUACCAAGACCAGAGAGUAUCAAGACCAAGACUGACCGAGUGAAGACCAAGACUAGUUCAGCUCGAGACCCAGACCAAAACAAAAGACUAGUUAUUUUGUCAUCUUGCGUGAGUUGUAGAACAUCAGCACCAUCCUGCUUCAGCUGCUUAGUUUACAUAUGAGGUUGUAUUCAACUGCAGCUCAAUAACACAGAGAAGUGGAUGAUGAUGUGUAAACUCACUAUAAAUGAUUUCAUCAAUUGAGAUCAGAUAUGUGUGGCGACUGCACCACCGCUAUUUCUACACUAUUGGAGGAUUGACUCCAGUGCUUUUAAGGAUUUACAUUACUAUUAACUAGUCCCAAAGUCAUCUAGCAAAAUAACAAGCUUCCAACACCCGCCUCCACCUCAGAAAAGUCUAAUGAAUAGUAAAUGUUACUGAUUUAAAUUGUACUUAAUUUGUAGAUGAAACGUGGAUUUUAAAUAUUAAUGAUACACACAAUUAUCGACUUGAAAUUGCAUUAUUUACCAUUAUAUUAGCCAAAUGACACUGUUUAUCGGCAAACACAAAAUCAAAUGCAAAAUACAACUAGUUUACAAAACUGUACAUUAACAAGAGGAAGAACUGGUGAUCACCAGAUUCUGUCACCUUGGUGUACAACGGCAUCUCAAUUAUCCAAGUCCGAGACAAGACCAAGACCAAUAACUGUCGAGACCGAAUCAAGACCAAGACCAAAGACUGUUGAGGCCGUGACAAGACCAACACCACAAAAAAGAGGCCUGGAGACCAGUCGAGACCAAUACCGGUCUCGAGAAACUACAAGUCUACCAGGAGCCAGUAAGCAGAAGUAUAACAGGACACCAUGAGACCACAAUCCAGCGCUGCCACAGCAUCCACACUUUCCACUACAGUCAAAACGAGGACCAACCAUGUUCUGGGGCAAACAUUCGGACCAAACGUGCUCAUAGUUGCUGCUGCCUUCCUUUGUACACGUCUCAUGUUGUUUUUGCUUGUUUUAGGAAGCAAGAAACACUGCUGGGUGUUUUUAAAUCCUACACAACCUAAACACAUUUCCUCAUUCAUAUAGAAAGUUAUUUUUUACGACACCCCCCCUCCCCCACACCCCCACAGCAGUUCAGAUAUAGGAUACCAACACAGAUUCAGUCCAAGACUACAGUUAACUAUACUGUCAUGAAGGUUUUACCAUGAUGCUGUUCAGCUGUAGGUCAUCAUUCAUAGAGGUGCUUCUGUUAUUUUACUUGUCUCUAUUUGCACCACUUGCAUAAGGGUUUUGCAGACUUUUGAAGCUAUUGAGGUGCGUUUGCUUUAACUAAUACUGAAAAGUGAACGUAAAACACUUUGACAUGCCCUCAGCAGCACCAGCAAGUGUUUUAACUGCACUGCGGAGUUUUUGCUGCAAAUUUAUGACUCUAAUAUGUGGCCACAUAAGCCAGAAAGAAUGAUGGAUAUUAAGUGAUCACUUCCUGCCAUCACAGGGUUGAAUUGAAUGUAUGGACUGAAAAUCAACUAACUUGGUAAGGGGGAAAAGAAAAAAAAAAGAUUUUUCUUUUCAAUCAUAUCAAUUGCAGAUACAAAUUUCCGGUGCCUCCCCUGCUACUCUCAUCUACACGUGCAGAAUUUAUGUUUAUCUUUAUGUUUUUCAGACGUCUGGUUGUUUACAAGAACCUGCUGCCUUUUUUGUGUCAUUUGGCUGUAACUGUUAGCGCCCUCUGGUGGUGCAACAGGCUAACCGCUUGGCACAAUAUCUAGAGUGAAAGGGUCAAUUUUCAAUCAAGCAUUUUAGGAAGGUAUUAAUGUCAGGACUCAAUCCUGCAAACCUGUGCAUUUCAGAGGCAGAUUUCAUUUUCUGCCUGUGAGCUGAUAAGGUUGUGUGUGUGUGUGUGUGUGUGUGUGUGUGUGUGUGUGUGUGUGUGUGUGUGUGUGUGUGUGUGUGUGUGUGUGUGUGUGUGUGUGUGUGUGUGUGUGUGUGUGUGUGUGUGUGUGUGUGAGACUGUGUUUCACUCCAGCAUUAAGCAGUUGUGAAUAUUUAAGCUUUGUCACUCUAUUUUAGUGAGCCAUUCCGUAGGCUGGUCACAGCCUGCACAAAUAUAUUUAUAUUUCUACAACUGGUUCUUUGCAGAAUUAGAAGGAUGGUAGAAGAGGGUUAUGGAUACUUUGUACAUAAAAUCUUAAAAACGUUCCUGGUCACUACUCCAAAAGAUCUCACAGCAGCAAGAUGAGCACUCCUCACAGUACAUGGUUUACUUUAAACUUCAGUUUGUGGUUGUUUUCUUACCACAGUGACCAUAUUUUUCUGUCAAUACUUUAUCGUUUACAGUUAUUUUGGGGUACAACACAUGGGACCAUGUCAGUACAUUUGCUUCUGAGUCAGUCCUCUUAUCACAUGUCAAAUGAAAUCAUAUAAACCAUUUUUAAUUUUCUUUAAUCUUAUUAAAAGAUGACCGUAACUGAUUUUAACAACGAAAAUUUUGCCUUGAAAGCACUAGAAAAGUUAUGUGGGUUAUUAAGUUAACAAAGUCAAGAAGGUUGAGCCUUUUUCUACCUUUAAUGGCACUGUUGCGCUGAUGUUAGGACCUCUCAUCAGCCUUUUCCAUUCGCUCUGCCCUCUAAGCGGGUACAUAGUAAAUAUUUCUCUCCAUAAUAAAAACUAUUUGAGUGAGGGCACGUUUCAGUACAUUUUGAAUUGGUGCAUCCACGCAGGACAGAUUAAAUGUGAAUGAAGUAGAGGACAGAACAAAUAGGGAUUAAGGAAGAAAUGAGAAACCUAAUAAGCCUGAAAUGAGAUUGUCACAGGAUAAGGUUUUUAAGUGGAACAUAAAAGUCGCAGUACCUCUUCUGACCACAUGGGGGCAUGUAGUUCUGCUGUAUGGUCAAAGAUCCACUGACGUUACUAUGCUACUGAGUGAGGGUGAGCCAGCAUGUCUGGUAAUACCCAUGUUUCCCACUAGAGGUCCCACUGACCAGGAGCUGACACAUGGACUUUCUUGUGAUGUGCUGCCCCUUGUGGGCAAGAGGGGUAUUGAUACAUAGGUUGCCUUCAAAGGUGAUUAAACUACACUCACAGUGGGUAACGCUCACUUUAUCUCAGUUUUUUUAGGGAGCAUCAGAAAAUGUAACUUUGCUUUUGCUUAUGAUCUUUGCUGGUCACUCUGGGACAGUGAUUUCAGAUCACUGUUGUGGAUAAAAUAGAUCAGGUUUAUCGGCCACAACCACGUUCAGGCAAAUGUAUCCCCAAACUGUGGGCUUUGAUUUAAAUUGGACUGUAAAAAGUAACUUCAAAUGGGCCUUUUUAAUGGGUCUUAAAUGGGUGAUUUGUUUGUUUUUUCCAUUGGAAAAAGUUUUAAAGACGUGUUUUCUUUUAUUUUUAUGAUAAAUAUUUGCUUUGUAAUUUAACUGGUCUGUCUUUAUUGAUUUGUCUCAAAGGCCAAUUAGCAGCAUUGUUGCAAAUAGGUUGGAGUGUGUCUGUGUGUGUCUAACAUCAAUCCAUGCCUCACUUUGUUUUCAGCAGUUCUCUUUUAUUUUGUUGUACAGAUGGUUGUACAGAGCUGGUGAACAGCGAUCAUGUGGAACAGAGAAACAUGUACAGGAAAAAAAAAUAAAAAUCCUGAAUAAAACAACUUAAACUGUC